AUGGCACUCGCCAGCAACGUCCCUUCUCCGCAGAGGAAAGCUCUAGAGGAGUGUACCCCAAACAACACUCAGCUAUCGACUCCCAGAAAAUCCAACUCACCUUCGCGCUCCUGUGGCAGGCAUUCCUGUUCCUGGCACACGAUUACAGCAUCGACAUGUACUCUUAGUUCAGGCCCGGGGCCACUCUCGAACAAGGAAAAUGAACCCCAUACUCGUCGUUAUUACUGGCCUGGUCUGAGCGAGGGCAGUUAUCACACCGAGGAUGCGGAUUACUCUCCCAGAACUUCACUUCUCUCCGACGAUGAAGACCACGCUGUGACAUCGGAUGCGUCAAGGGUCUUGACGGAUACAAACGACGCUGAAGACAACACAGAUGGAUACGAAGCUGAUGGCGAGGGAGACAAUGUGAGGCGCACGAUAGAGCCUUGUACUCACGUCAAGAUGUGUGGCACGAAGAAGGAUGAUGCUGGGUAUGAAGCGGGUGACGAGGACGAGCUGCUGGGAGAGAUCGUGGCGUAUAUAUGCCGUACGAGCAAGAGUCCGAGUACCGCUCAGGCCAUCGGAGGCGUCUUUGUGAAGAGUGAAUUGAGCCCAGUGUGUACUCAUUACAUGAGUCCUAUAGAGGGAGAAAACGCAAAGGUUGAACGAAGUGUGAAUGACGCAAAAGUCGAACGAAGUGUCGAUUGA